AUGUCUCGACCUAAUCGUAACCCUGUCGCAAGAGCGGACUACCAUCGUCCACCGAUGGUUAGUAUGAUAAUCAUGCACGAUGAUCCGUACAGGAUAACUAUAUCUCACAAAGACGAUCUAAACGAUGUCCAGUGGACAGCCUUUACUAGUACUCCAGACGCCCCGGAGCCUGAUCCGGUCAGAAUCACGGCUGGUAUGUUAUUGGAUAUCGAAGGGACACCGUUGCAGAACAAGGCCGCGGCUCCGUUUGGCAAGAUGCUUUCAGCCAACUGUUCCAACAAUGCCUACCUCAAGAUAGUGAACAAGAAGCCCUAUUAUGAGAUAACGGACCACGAUGGAAAGACCAUAGCCUUGAAAGAUGUCAUCCUACAACCGGACUUCAAUACGCACCUCGCAAGAUCUAAGCAUGCCCUUGAGUUAGCCAAACAGAUGGAAGAGCGGUUUAAGGCGGUCAGGGAGGAGAUUCUAAUCAAGCUAAAGGCCUGGCGGGAGAUCCGCUUUUAUGAGGAAGCGAAUCUCCUACUGAGACUCUGGGACACGAAUAGAAGACAUUGUCUUCAGUCAGCACUGACCCCGCAUCACGUAGAGGAGCUACGUGUCGCGGUAGCAGAAAGGAGUUACGAUGACGACAAGCACGUCCAAAGACUCACGGACAAGACAUACACCGAUCCGUGGUUCAGCGGAAUUCUUAGUAAGGGGAAUACCAUCUACAUACCGGCGCAACACAGGUGGAGGAAUGGCCCUGUACAUAUUGCAGUCCAGGAUCGCAUCGCGGUAGCCCGCAGCAUGCAAGCCGCCCUCAGUGAUGAGAUACAAGAGCAAAUGAGAAACAUGAAGGAGGCGGUAGACCAGGCGCAGAGGGAAGAAAGGGAGAAUCGGAGGAGACUCAGGGCUGCCCGGAAAAGAAGUCUAGACGACGAUGGACUGCUUGUGCAGAGGCAGGCGGAAGCCCCGCAACCACCCGAAAAUACCGCAGCCAUACACCUUGACGACUGGAAAACAGUCCCCCCACAUAUCUUACUCCAAUUCCUAAAGGAACGAUACUCGAUCUGGGGAUUGCCGGGCAUAAAUGUCCAAGAUGCACUGGGGCUCGGGACAUUUGCACAAUACAAGGAAGGUUCGAAAGAGUUCGACUACACCAUUGUAACAUCACUACGACCCGAGCUUUCGAAUACGCUGGGAGCCGAGGAAAUAAAAGCGGGAAUGCCAUGGGGUACCCCGUUUGCAGCGCUAAAUGACGCGUGCAACAACAGACCGGCGUACGCCUUCGAGGCCAUGAUGGAAAUCGAUGCCCGGCGAGCUCUCAUGAGGUUGGAAGAGUGGUUCGUGAAGCUGGACCCGACAACAAGGGGAGAUUGCCGGCGUACGAAGCUCGAAGAAUGGAAACUGCCCGCAUUGCUGGCCGCAGAAAUAGACACCAUAUACGCAAUCAUGGAUUGA